ACGCAGGAGAGUCGGUGGAGGCAGAAUGAACGCUGAGAAGCGGGUGAAACUGGAGAUGGAGGAGGAAGACGACGACGAUGAUGAUGAUGAGAGAGUUGUAGGAAAGCACGGGCGGUAUGACUUUGAAGACAGACGUAGUCGCCAUUGCCCAUAUCUGGAUACCAUUAACAGGAGUGUCUUGGACUUUGAUUUUGAGAAGCUGUGUUCCAUCUCUCUUUCUCACAUUAAUGCAUAUGCUUGCCUUGUAUGCGGGAAAUACUUCCAGGGUCGAGGCUUGAAGUCCCAUGCCUAUAUCCACAGUGUUCAGUUCAGUCACCAUGUUUUCCUUAAUCUGCACACACUGAAGUUCUACUGCCUGCCGGACAACUAUAAUAUCAUUGACUCCUCCCUGGAAGACAUUACGUAUGUGCUGAAGCCAACCUUCACCAAGCAGCAAAUUGGUAACUUAGACAAACAGGCCAAGCUUUCUCGAGCAUAUGAUGGUACCACUUACCUCCCAGGCAUCGUGGGACUUAACAAUAUCAAAGCUAAUGAUUAUGCCAAUGCUGUUUUGCAGGCUCUCUCCAAUGUUCCUCCUCUGAGAAAUUACUUUCUGGAGGAAGAGAAUUAUUGUGAUAUUAAGCGCCCUCCUGGGGAUAUCAUGUUCCUGCUUGUGCAGAGAUUUGGGGAAUUAAUGCGCAAACUGUGGAACCCCAGGAAUUUUAAGGCUCAUGUCUCCCCACAUGAGAUGCUCCAGGCUGUUGUUCUUUGCAGCAAGAAAAAUUUCCAGAUCACCAAGCAAGGUGAUGGAGUGGACUUUCUUUCUUGGUUCCUGAACGCACUUAAUUCUGCUCUUGGGGGCAACAAGAAGAAGAAGACCAUUGUAACAGAUGUUUUCCAAGGAUCAAUGCGGAUAUUUACCAAGAAGUUGCCACACCCUGAUUUGCCUUCAGAGGAGAAGGAGCAACUCAUGCAGAAUGAAGAAUACCAAGAAAAAAUGUUGGAAUCACCCUUUAUGUACCUGACCCUGGACCUCCCCACUGCCCCUCUGUACAAAGAUGAGAAGGAGCAACUGAUCAUCCCCCAGGUCCCUCUCUUCAGCAUCCUGGGCAAGUUCAAUGGAAUCACAGAAAAGGAGUACAAAACAUACAAGGAGAAUUUCCUGAAGCGAUUCCAGCUGACCCAACUUCCCCCAUUUCUGAUAUUCUGCAUUAAGCGCUUUACCAAAAACAAUUUCUUUGUUGAGAAGAACCCAACCAUUGUGAAUUUCCCCAUAACGAAUGUGGAUCUGAGAGAAUACUUGGCAGAAGAAUUCCAAUCUUCACACAAAAACACAACCUAUGAUCUCAUUGCCAAUGUAGUGCAUGAUGGGAAGCCCAAUGAAGGCUCAUACCGUAUCCAUGUCCUGCAUCAUGGCACAGGAAAAUGGUAUGAAUUACAAGAUCUUCAGGUGACGGACAUCUUGCCCCAGAUGAUUACUCUGUCUGAGGCCUAUAUACAGAUCUGGAAGAGACGAGAUGAUGACGAUGAGAAGAAGCAGCAGGGUGCUUAACCAACAGAGCUGGCAAGUACCUUGCAGAACUGAAAAUUCCCAUGCGGGGGCAGGGCUCAUCCAAAGGCAAAGUCUCCCUUUAAAGGUUCAAAACCUUUGCGACCUGAGACUGGAUUUUCCCCACACUCCCACCAAUGAGAAAAUGGUUGCCAUAUUAGCAAGAUUCUGUGAAGUGAUAGCCUUUGCUCUGAGUCGGCUACUUAAUCACUAAGGACAUGAAAGGGCUAGUGUGUGGGCAGCGUGUACAGAAGGAAACCCGUAAGGGCUGCUGUAGCAACUGUUAUAACAGCAGCCAUUCCACACACUUUUUUUUUUUUUUUUUUUGUGGAAGAUUUUUAGUAUAUAUAUUUUUUUCUGUCCAUUUUAAUAAACUUUUUAUUCUUGAAAAUGUCCCAUUCUUGCAAUUUUUGUUUUACGGAUUACUGGGAUCCACUUUCCGACAGUCGGAGGGCUAUGACACCCUAUUUUGCAGGAGAGAUUUCAUACUGUUUUCCAGAUUACUUGAGAAUUUUCUAUAUGUUGACUAAAACUUUACUAUACACUGA